ACAUAAAAUCCAUUUUACAAAGUCAUAUAUAUAAUCAGACGGUCAAGAAGAUGGCUCAGUAUGGAUCAGAUUACGGUCGCCAAACCGACGAGUAUGGAAACCCCAUUCGUAGACAGACAGAUGAGUAUGGCAACCCGGUUCGUCAGACUGAUGAGUAUGGCAACCCUGUUCAGCAUGGUCAUGGUGGAAACAGACCCGGUGACUAUGGAGUGAUCGGCGGCAUGGGAACCGGCACGGGCACGGGAACCAUGGGUGACUAUAUGUCCGGCACGGGAACUGGCAUCGGAGGAGGAAUGAUGCCCGGCCAACAUCAGCAGCAACAGGACCGCCAUGGAGCCGGCGGUGGGAUUUUGCGCCGCUCUGGAAGCUCGAGCUCGAGCUCAUCGGAGGACGAUGGACUUGGAGGGAGGAGGAAGAAAGGGCUUAAAGAGAAGAUUAAGGAGAAGUUGCCAGGUGGGCAGAAACAGGAUCAAUAUUAUCAGGGGCAGGGGCAGGGAACCCAUUAUCAGGGGCAGGGUCAGGGCACGGGAUACUCGGCCACCGGAGAGACCUAUGAGAAGAAAGGUAUCAUGGACAAGAUCAAGGACAAGCUCCCCGGCAGCCACAACCGCCCAUAAACAUAGAUAUAUAUAGUUUUUAAGUGGGGGGUUUGAUAUAUGUAAUAUAAUAAAGUAAAAAAAAAAAAACCUUGUUAGUUUGGGGGAGAGGUUUCUCUCUCUUGUUGUGGGGUUGUUUGUAAGUCGUCUGUCUUAUGUGUGCGUUUUGUUUUUAUUUUGGCUUGUUUAAAUGUUUGUUGUCUCUUAUUGAGUCUCUUUUUUAGGGCUCAUGUUGACUACUAUAUAUAUGUUUUCUUAUAAUGGUUUGUUGGUUUAAAUAAAGUUUUUCUUUCUUUAC